UUUAUUAGCUACUUUACAAAGGUUUUAUUCACCGUAUGUGAAAUUAACAGUGAAAUAAUUAUCAAAAAUAAUAAAUUUGUAUAUAAUUUAAAAGAUGAACCAAUAGACGUUGUUUAUACAUGGGUCAAUGGAUCUGAUGUCGAAUUUUUACAAAGUUUAUAUCUGUUUUCCAAAAGUACUGAAUAUAAAGAUAAUAAAGAGACUUUAAAGUAUCGUUUCGAUGAUAAGCAUGAGUUAAAAUACUCUCUUCGAUCUUUGGAGAAAUUCGCACCUUGGAUUAAUCAUGUUUAUAUUGUAACAAAUGGACAGAUACCCCAUUGGCUUAAUUUAGAGUAUGAUAAGGUUACUAUUAUUACACAUGAACAAAUUUUCCCGGAUUUAGAUGAUUUACCAACGUUUUCGAGUGCUGCUAUUGAAAGUCAUCUUCAUAGCAUACCAAAUUUAUCAACACAUUUUCUCUACUUUAACGACGACAUAUUUUUAAAUAGUCAUAUUUAUUUGGAAGAUUUUGUAACAGAAAACAAUGGCUACAAAAUCUAUUUAUCAUGGCCUGUACCAAAUUGUAACGAAGGAUGCCCAUGGAUUUAUAUUCAUGAUGGAAUGUGUGAUACCGAAUGUAACGUAGAACUAUGCUUAUAUGAUGGAUACGAUUGCAUCAACAACAAACCCUCAGGCGAAGAAUAUAAUUUCAUUGAAGAAAUCGAAAAUCAAGAAAAGAUUUUAAUAAUACCUGAGGAAAAUGUUCCAAUGGAUAUCGAGAAUAAAUAUUAUAAUAAUACUUCAUGGAAAUUCGACACAACGAUAACACACGAUAAAAAGCAUAAAUUUAAUGAAUAUAUAAAAAAAUUUAACGAAACAGAGAAGAAUUUUAAUAAAACGGUGAAGAAUUAUAAUAAAAUUAUAAUGCAACGUAAUAAAACUCGUCGAAAACGUUUUCAAAAUUUACAAAAUAGUUUUUUAGCCAAAAAUAACACUUUAACGGUGCCAAUAAGCGAGCAUGAUGCUUACGCGAUGUCGUUAAUUCAUGUAAAUAAUAUUUUUAAUUUAAGAUAUAUUUUUCAAUCACGUCGAGCUAUAGCUCAUAUGCCAAUUUUCUUAAAUAAGAAUAUAAUCCAAGAAUUGUUAAGUACGUUUGAUAGUGAAUUUAAGAAUACGUCGAGGAAUAAGUUUAGAGCGAAUAAUGAUAUGCAAUUUGAGUUUAGUUACUCAUAUUUUUUGAUACAUGAAUUGCGAAAUGUUAGUAUCGAAGAGAUAUUUGAGUUUUUUGAUACUGAUCUUUCUGGAACAUGGUCUGAUAGAGAAAUACGUACUUUAUUAACCCGCCUACAUGAUCUACCUCUUGAUUACGAAAUGAUUAGCGAAUUAGAAAAUAUAUUAAUCAAUUGUUCAAUUAAUAUACAAUUUGAAAGUCUUGUGCCAAGCACGCCUCAAUAUGAGCGUUAUAUUGAUUCAAAAUUGCCAACAAUUUCAAAAGAAUUAGUACAACGAUGUAGACCACUAAAACGAUUAUUAUCGAAAAAAUAUUCAAAAGUGUCAAAAUAUAAAUAUGAAAUUUUAAAGAAUUCUCAUAAUGAAUUUGUGUCGUUUAAAAUGCUUACAUCGAAUUUAACGCAUGUUGUUGGUAAUUUAGAUGAAAUUCGAAAAUUUCCUAAGAAAUUUGUUUGUUUGAAUGACAAUAUGGAUAGCAGGAAAAUUGAAGAGAACAAUUUUGUACGAACAAUAUUAAAUGAUUUUUAUUUAUCGUUAUUUCCACAUCCUAGUAAAUUCGAGUUGCCAAAUGCAUAUCGGAAUCGUUUUACAAAUAUGCAAGAUCUCCAUUUCCUUGUUUAA